AUGAGCCUGUUCAUAAAUGUUCUCGUUCUAAUUAGUGUCAGCGCAUUAAAAAUUAACUUCAACGAACACAACAAAAUAGGUUUUUUUGACUAUGGUGUAAAUUGGAAUGAUCAAAUUGUAAAUAAAGAAACAGACCUAAGAACUAAAUUUCUUGAAAAAAAGAGAAAUAAUAUUGAUAGUAAAAAAAGGAUAUAUGCUCUUGAAAGAGUGACUUCAAAUAAUAUAGAAUAUCUAGAUGGUAUUCCACAUUAUAAAGUUGGUAAAAGUUUAAAAAGUUUGCGUGACGUUGAAAAACUUGAAAAUAAUUUUAAAUCUCUGGUGAAGAUGGAAGGAGUACAAUAUGAUUACAAAAGAGACAUGCAUUGGAGAACUUGGAGAGAAGUCGCGUAUCCCAAUAUGAGUAAAAUAGUAGUGUGUUAUAGAUGUGAAAAUAUUGUUAAUACUACUUGUGAAACGUGUACAGGCAGUGGUUCGUGGGCCAUAGAAGAAAAUUUACCUUGCCCAUUUGAGUUGUUUUCAAUUAUUAAUAAAAAUGAAAUAUGUGCAGUAAAUUACAAGCAGAUAAAUAAAAUAAGGGAACAGUGUCCACUAAUAAUAAAAUUGUCAGAUUUAAGAGACUGUAAUAAUCCGAUUGAAACAAAGUAUUUAGUGAAGCGUGAUUUUAAAUCCGCUUCUGAACGUAGCACAAAUUUGUGUAAAGAGCGGGAAUAUUGUGAAAUUUCAACAAUUUACACGAUAUUACCAAACCGAACAACUUUUAGAAUAAUUAAUUCAUCUAACCACAUAAUAUAUUCAAGGAUAAUGAAAUUUGGCAGAGAAAAUUAUGUAUGUAUAGAGGACUGCGGAAUCUACAACCCGACAACAAAAAAAAUUACGACUAAUGAAAAGCCUUUCAUAGUAGAUUUAUUAGAUAAGUCUCAUAAAAAUAAGCGAGAGGAUUUGCUUAAUGAAACCGUGUAUACUAAUGAAACAACCCAAUCAAAGACUACCAGUAUGCUGCCUAUUAAAAUUGGGAUAAAAAUUUACAAAAAUCCUCAUUUCGAAACGGCGAGGAAGAAGAAAGAGGAAAUAAAAUUUAAAUAUAAUGAUUUUUAUGCCAGUACGACGCAAUCGAGUUGUAAAAAAAUGCAGACUACGACUCAAGAUGAGUAUGAGUUAGAUGAGUAUUUUGAGGCUCUGUAA